AUGUUGGGUAUUCCAUUCGUGAAUACCUACAUCAAGAACGUCAAGGUUCAGAUCGUCGCGGACUCCGUGGAUUGGCUGAAUUACUAUGUCAGUGCGUUGAUGUUGAUCUGUUGUUCAUUGGCGAUUUCGGCCAAACAAUAUUUCGGUUCGCCAAUUCAAUGCUGGGUUCCAAACGAAUUCAAAGGUGGCUGGGAGAAGUACGCUGAAGAUUAUUGUUUCAUCGCCAAUUCGUACUAUGUGCCGAUGGACGAUGAAAUUCCAAGCGAACUGGCGGGUAGACAAGAUCAAAUCACGUAUUAUAGGGUAGGUUUUGGGUUUUGUUAUCUAAAAUUUGAUAUAAAAUGCUAGAAAAUCUUUCGAAAAACAGAUAAAACCGCGUUUUACAGAAAAAAAGCUUUGUGCAGGCUGUGUAACAAAGUUAUACGACGAAAUGUGCUCACAAUAUUGAUUUUUUUCUACCCUUUUUUCUCGUUUUUCUAGCCUAUUUUUACCUUACCUUCCACAACUAUCAUUAUAAUCUAUUGAAAAAUUAAUUCCAAUCACAUUUCAGUGGGUACCCAUCGUUUUGGCACUUCAAUCCAUCUUGUUUUGGCUUCCAAAUUACCUAUGGAACAAUAUCCACAAGCAGACCGCGAUUCAUCCUCGCGCAUUGGUCGAUGAUGCUCGCCAAAUUAUGCUAAUGAAAGGGAAACCUCGUGAGAGUGAAAUUGAACAGUUAGCUCAAUAUAUUUCUGAAUCCUUGAGCGUUUUCCAUCCAACUCAACGAGGAGUAAGUUUAUAUUGAAGUAGAUGGUGUUUAUCUUAAUAUAACUUGAUGUAGAAGGGUUUAAAUGGCGUGGAAUUGACAGAAAAUAGCUAAAAGAUGUUGAGGAACGUUUUUAAUUUAUAAAAAUCUUAGUUUUGGCUGAAAUAACAACAAAAAAAAAUGUUAAAACAUCAGAUUUCUCAUGAAUAACAUAUUUUUUAGAAAGUUGCUCGUUCCGGCUUCAAUGCUACCGUUAUGUACCUGUUUAUGAAGUUAUUGUACACAGCAAAUGCUAUUGGUCAAUUGGUGCUAUUGAACCACUUUUUGGGCGGGAAUUACUUCUCAUGGGGCUUCGACACGAUGAGAGAUGUUAUCCAUGGUGAAGAGUGGAAGGAAUCUGAAGUUUUCCCUCGUGUUAUCAUGUGCGACUUUUCUGUAAGUUAAAGUAGAUAAUUGUGAAUGUGUCGAUGAAUUUUGGGUUUGAUCUCACUAUUAGUCUGGGAGUUAUGGAGUUUUUUCGAUGUUAACUUUGGUUGAUGGUGUGGUACUGGAAAAAUGGUUGGUUUUGGUGAAAUUUGGAGCAAAACUGGUUUGAAAAGUUUAAAAAUGGAUUGAAAAUUAAAUUUUGAUUGUUUUAGUUUACAUUUUACUUAUUUUAGGUACGAAAACUAGCCAAUAUUCAACGUCAUUCAGUCCAAUGUGUUAUCAUGAUGAAUAUGAUAAAUGAAAAGCUCUACUUCUUCCUCUACUGGUGGCUAUUGUUUGUCGCAGUUGUAACAGCAAUCAAUUUUGUCUACUACUUGUUCAUGCUUCUAGUACCAAGCUGUAGAGUACGUUUCGUUCGCUCCAACAUUAACCAGAACGACCUGGCCAAUAUGGGAUUGGGCCGAAGAGAUAUUGAGCGAUUUGUGGUCGAUUUUCUUCAUUGUGAUGGUGUUCUGGUGCUUCAUUUCAUUCGACGACACAUUGGAGGUAGAAUAACGUACGAUCUGAUGAAUCAGCUGGUGAGGAUCUUUUGGCAGGAACCUGAAGUUCAAACACCAUCGAAUUCGGAACGGUCGCAUGAGCCAUUGUUGAGAGGUAGUGCUUACAGAAGAAAUAUUGGUGAUUCACAGGGAUUUAAGGUAUGGUUUUGAUGGUUUUUUAAAUUUAAAAAAAAUUUUGUUACCUAAACUUUGAAAACUUGAAUUUUAUUAAUUUUUGUUACCUAAAAUACGAAAAAGUGCAUUUUUAAUAAUUUUUGUUACCUAAAAUUCAAAAAAAGGCUUUUGUUUUUAAUUUUUGUUACCUAAAUUUAGAAAAAUUGAAUUUAAAAAAAAAUUGUUACCUAAAAUUACAAAAAAAUCUUUAAUUUUUGCUUUUUGUUACCUAAACUUCAAAUUUCUCAAUUCCAGAACGACCUGUACAAUCCAGGACACAUGUACCCGAAUCCACGUGGCCUAAAGACGGCUCCAAAGGCAAAUGAAUCGUUGGACUUUGUUGAUGAUAGUACCUUGCCAUUGAGAGAUCUCACCAAUCGAACUCCAGUCAGAUCACCGAAUCAAAAUCAAUAUUCAGCUAGUCCUGAUCCGAACAAGAGCACUAUGAGUGUGGUUUGA